CUAUAUUACAUCACCAGACAAAACUGCAACUUCGCACGCAGUAGUCUGUGGCUCGCGAGCCCACCUAGAAGAGGAGGAAAAAGCCAAACGCUCCCUAUUUCGUUUACUACUAAUGCACGGCUUCCAUUUCCUCGUUUGGUUCUUUUGCGUAAAGAACGUUCACGACACACAGUGCGGUUUCAAGCUGCUGACGCGCGAGUCCGCUCGAGUCGUCUUUACGGCGCUACACGUUGAACGUUGGGCCUUUGACGUGGAGAUGCUCUACAUAGCCGAAACGCUAAAGCUGCCCAUAUCCGAGGUUGCCGUCGAAUGGCAAGAGAUCGAGGGCUCCAAGAUAGUACCUGUCUGGAGCUGGUUACAGAUGGGUCGCGACCUCGUGCUCAUCUCGCUCAGAUACAAGCUCGGUGCCUGGAAAAUUGCAAGGCCCAAGAUCGGUUGAUUAAUGAUGGACGCAAUCUAUUGCUUUGGAAUAUUGGAGCCAGACUCUUUUUGGAGUAAUUUUAGCGCGACCGCAUUUCUUUGCUUGGAAAGAGAACGCAGACACGGAUUACAAACCGUAAUUUUUUGGUAGACUGAUUUUUUUUCGUCAUUCAUUGAUUUAUUUGUAACAAAAAAAGACGAUAAUCAGUUAUUAUUUUCGAUUUUAUGAAGCCGCCACUUUUGAGCAAUGACUUCAAUAUAUUAACAAAAAAAAAACUAAUUUUUGUAAAAGAAUAGUAUGUAUCGUUUACAUUUCAUAUAUACAAAUAAUGUAUGUCUAUAUGUGAUUUCAAUCAUAUUGCAAAAAAAAUUGCAAUAUGUGUAAGUUACUACGAUUACAAAAUGUAAACUAAUAAGAGAAAUCAUAUUUUCAUAUUUUACAAGUUGAUGAAACGUGAUAAUCUGUUGCUCAUAAUAUACAAAAAGUACGCGAGAAAAUCAUUUUGUUUGUUAUAAAACAAUUAUUUUAAUUCAUGCUCAUAAUUCGAUAAGUUACGUUCUAACUAUGCUUAUUUUGUUGCUAAAAAUAUAAAAAAUUGUUUGAAGCUAAAAAUAUAUAUGACAGAUAUGUGUAUAUAUGACACACAAGAUGGCUUCAAGACAGCAUUGACAGCCUAUUUAUCUUGUUCCCCGAAAAACCGCUCUGAGAUCAAUAGCAAACAAAUAUCCCAUCUUUAGGGGUGGGUUUUCCCCUCCUGGAUAUCAGGGUUAUUCACUAUAAUGUUGGAAUAGCACGUGCGUUUAUAUGGAUCACAUGACCUAAUACGUCACUCACAUGGCGCACAGUAGGGCGGGGAUGUGCACGUAUAUGCGUCUGUAUCCAAGCUGAUUUCGUCAUUAUUGCGAGAGUAGUGGGGCUGCGAUUUAAUCCGCACCAAGAUCAUAUACCUAUACAGCUCUACACGCAUACUUAUAAAGUAUCCUCGGUGCGAGUGUGCUGCGUCGUGUAGAAGGUUCGUUGUUCCUGCUUGAUUUCCGAGAGAAGUGUUUUUUUGCCUACCACCGGUCUCUCCGCAUCGCGCACAAGGUCAGCGGGCAACAAAAAAGCGACUUUUUGGCUGAAGAAUCUUCGAGAAGAGCAGAUUUUGAAAAUGUCGUUCGUCUCGCCGAUGCCUAGCCGCGAAUUUCUGUGGGAUGUUUUUCAAAGAGUUGACAAGGACCACUCAGGAGAAAUCACAGCCGAUGAAUUACAGCAAGCGCUUUCUAAUGGAACAUGGACACCUUUUAAUCCGGAAACUGUUCGUUUAAUGAUUGGUAUGUUCGAUAAGAAAAAUACUGGCACUGUAAACUUUGAAGAGUUUGGAGCACUAUGGAAGUAUGUCACAGACUGGCAGAAUUGCUUCAGAUCCUUUGAUCGUGACAAUAGUGGAAAUAUAGACCGAAAUGAAUUGAAGAAUGCUUUAGUAAGCUUUGGAUAUAGGUUAUCAGAUACAAUAAUUGACACUCUGAUGCGCAAAUAUGAUCGAGCUGGCAGAGGAACAAUAUACUUUGAUGAUUUUAUUCAAUGCUGUGUUGUCUUAUACACAUUGACUUCAGCUUUUCGACAAUAUGACACAGAUUUGGAUGGGGUUAUCACAAUUCAUUAUGAGCAGUUCUUAGGAAUGGUUUUUAAUUUGAAGGUGUAGGACCCUCAAAGAGAACUGUAUGCGUUUACUUGUUCACUAUUGUUCAUAUUCGUAAUUUGAAAGAGUACUAUAUGGCCUGUGUGUUAGAAAAUGAUUGAUUUCAUAAAAUCUAUUUAUGGAGUCUGCCAAAAUUAUGCCAAAUGCUAGUUGCUUGUAACUUGAAAUUUUAUCUUUUAUAAUAUACUUACAACCACAUUCAUAUUUGGCCUAUACACAAAUAUACUCUAAAGAUUCAGCGUUAAAUACACUAAGGAUGAUAUAAAUGUUUCCAAUCAGAUGAUAUAUUACAAUUAUUUUGCUCUAAGCUGCAGAAGUCAAUAUGAAAAAUCCAACAUUCCUAUAUAUUAAAAGCCGUAAAAGAUUAAAAAACUACUGAAAGUUAUGAAAGAUUUUGAAAAUAACAAUAUUAAUAAUAUUUAUAAAAAAGUUUUACUAUAAGUAAAAGAAAAGAAUGAGCAGACAGCUAAAACUUUUGUUAUGCCAAGGGUAAAAAACUUUUAUAAAUGAUAAAACAUCAAAGUCAAUCAAAUAAUUUACAGACAUUUUUACAUGUUAUACUAUAAAUAUUAUAUACUUAGCUUAAAAAACGUCCGCCGUUAAGUAAUGUCUUUAUCAAAAGUGUAAUUAUUUAUUAUAUCAAGAAGUUUUUUGAUGACAGUGCUACUUGCGUGACUAUUAUAUACAAUUGUCUUAUAUACAUAUGUAUUUUCUCAAAUAUUUUUACAUGUAAAUAUUUUUCUAUUUGUAUCUGUAAUAAUCUAAUAAUACUAUUAUGUAAUAAUAUUAUUAUUGAAUGAUCAUAUUAAAUUUUUAUUAUAAAGUA